GGAAAUCCUAUCUGGUUGGUCACACUGAGAAAUACGAUUAUACUGCCUCAUUUUAACACAGGCGAGCGGACGGAUUGCGCACUAUAUGAUUCAGCUCACAGAAAGCGUGUUGUACAAGCUUUAGCCUACAUGAACGGAUCCUUUCAACCGACUUAGUAAGCCUCGUAAGGGAACGGGAGAAAUACAGAGGCCAUUAUCUGCGCUGGAACACAGCAGAGGUUUGCAGGAAGAUGUUGGUUCGCCUGACGGAACCCACCCUGGGCCGGGAACCCGCUGUCAGAACGGACCGCAGUUCGUCAUUCAGCAGGUGAAUGGCAAGGUGCGCGUUUACGCGUGACAGAUCAGCGCCUGUGCUGGCGAAGCGAUGCGAGCAGUCUUAACGCGAUUACACCCACUCCAGUUCAAAGAAGAUCCAAAGUAGUGCGUCACUGGACCAUGAUGCUGCACCGUCAGUUGUCGAGCUGUUUCUUGAGAACCCUCAUCACGGUUGUUUUGUGCGAGAUCACACCGCUCGUGAUGUUGAGAGGUUCCCAAACACUGACCCUCAGGAACAGCAGCUUCUCACAGCAGGAUGAGACGAUCACUCACUCUUCUCACAGUGUCACGAGUCACAGAAGAGACGUGGAGCCGCUGGUGAAGACAAGGCCGUUUGCAUUAGUGGAUGGAGUUCAAAGAAGCCUGAGUGAUGUUUUACUGAAUGGUCACCCUGAUAGUCUGCAGUGUGGUUUACAGGUGGGAACCACCUUGUACAUCCUUGACCUGGAGAAAAACCAGGAUCUUUUGCCAAAGCCACUGAAUGUUUUCUAUUACCUGGCAAAUGGAACCGGAGUGUCUAUGGAUCAAAACCUAGUGGUUCACUGUUACUAUCAUGGAACAGUUCAAGGUUUUCCUCAGUCCCGUGUAGCUCUCAGCUCCUGCUCGGGGUUACGAGGAGUGAUCGUCAUUAACGCCACGCUGAGCUUUGAGCUGCAUCCUGAGGAAGAAAAGGGUGAUAGAGAGGAAGAGAGGAGCGGAGAGAUAGAAGAAGGGGGGAUGCAUGUCAUCUACCUGACCAACACGCAAACAUCUGAGCCUGGAGGCUGUGGCGUUUCACACACCUCAAUUCCUCCCAUUCAGAUCAUUCCACAAACACACAGGAGUAAGAGAGACAUUCUCUCCGAGACCAAAUACAUUGAACUGGUGCUGGUUGCGGAUCAUAAAGAGUAUUUGAACUAUCAGAAGAAUAAUAAAACCAUUGUAUACCGUAUGCUGGAUGUGGCAAACCAAGUAGACUGGUUCUACCGGCCACUGAAUGUUCGUGUGGCCCUGAUGGGUUUGGAGAUCUGGAGCGACCAGGAUAAGAUCAAGGUGGAUAAAAGUCCCAUUGACACUCUAAACCGCUUCCUGGAGUGGAGAACCAGAGAGCUGCUGCCACGACUACGCCAUGACAACGCACAAUUGAUCAUGGGUGAGUCGUUUGACGGGACAACGGUCGGCAUGGCGUCUCAGUCCUCCAUGUGCUCGAGGGAUCGAUCUGGAGGUGUGAACGUGGAUCACCUGGUGAGCGUUUUAGGUGUGGCCUCCACGGUAGCACACGAGCUGGGUCACAACCUAGGAAUGAGUCACGAUACGGCCGACAGACGCUGCCUUUGCCAGAACGAGCCACGGCUCGGGGGAUGCAUCAUGGAACCAUCCACCGGGUUCAUGCCCGGUCAGCUCUUCAGCAGCUGCAGCGAGCAAGACCUUUCUCUCAGUCUGAUGCAUGGUGGCGGGAUGUGUCUGUUUAACAUCCCCCAGCCAGGUAGUCUUCUGGGAGGUCCACGUUGCGGGAAUCUGUAUGUGGAGAAAGGAGAGGAGUGUGAUUGCGGCCUGCUGGAUGAAUGUAAUGAUCCCUGCUGCAAUGCUAGUACGUGUAAAAUGGUUCCAGGCGCUCAGUGUUCAUCUGAUGGCAUCUGCUGUGAGAAUUGUAAGUUGCGUGUGGCAGGGUGGGUGUGUCGGGAGCCGUUGGGAGAGUGCGAUUUGCCGGAAUACUGCACAGGCACCUCCUCCUACUGCCCGCCCAAUGUGUUUCUCCAAAACGGAGAGACCUGCAAAGACGGCUCCUCCUACUGCUACGGCGGCGUGUGUGCCAGUCUGGACGAGCAGUGCCAGAUGCUCUGGGGACCCAACUCCACCCACGCACCUCCUAUCUGCUUCUCCUCUGUAAACAAACAGGGCAAUAAGUAUGGAAACUGCGGUCAGAUAGCCAACGGUUCUUACAUAGCUUGCGCAAAAGGGGAUGUCCACUGUGGUAGGAUCCAGUGUCAGGGUGGGAGUGACCGCCCCCUGCUGGGCUCAAACGGUGAGAUUCUGACUACGAAGGUUAAACUAAACAUGAGUGACUUUACCUGUCGGGGGACCUAUUUGAAUCUGGGGGAUGAUGUGUCUGACCCGGCCAUGGUGUCUCAGGGGUCAGCUUGUGGACAAAAUAAGGCAUGUGUGGACCAGCGAUGCCAGGACAUUUCCAUAUUUGGUGUUGAGGAAUGCCGCAGGAAGUGCAAUGGCCACGGGGUGUGUAACAGUAAUAGUAGCUGUCACUGUGAUCUGGGCUGGGCUCCUCCUGACUGCAGAUACUCUGGAACCGGAGGCAGCGUGGACAGCGGACCCGCUCGAGCCCCCAGAGAUUCCGAUACUGCACGCGUGGCUCUGCUAGUCAUCUUCCUGUUUGUGUUGCCAGUCGCACUGCUGUUUGUCGCACUCCGCUUCCCCCGCUGUCGUCGAAGCCUUGUGUAUCUCGGCCACACCCCCUUCAACAAGGCUCGCCAGAGCCGAACUCCUGCUAUGGAGCUAGCAAAUGCUCGAAAUGGAGAUCAAGUACAGCCGCUCAGAUACCAGUGGCCCCGCCAGAAUGACAUUCCUCUCACCCAGGCUAUUACCAAGAUUCAGCACAGGCCUGCUGCUCCAACUAAACCUCUUCCGCCUGAUCCUGUCUCUAAACCAGCUCAGUUGGCAGGGCACUGGCCUGCCCCUCCCACCAAGCCCCUCCCUCCUGACCCCGCCCCCUCAGAGAGCAAGAUGCAGUGCAAGCCCACAAGAACGCGACCGGCUGCACCAAGCAAGCCGCUCCCCCCUGACCCUGUCCUCUCAAACCGACAGAACCGUGUUCCUCCCAAACCUCCAGUUCCCAAGAAACCAUUGCCUAUGGAUCCCUCAUCUCACUCUCCUCCACUCGCUCUGCUGGGACAUCCAGCAUCUGCAUCUUCAUCACCCUCUUACUCACAAAAUCAUGCAUCCGCGGCUGCUCCCGCCAGACCUGCUCCCCAUCCCCCUCUACGGAGACCACAGCACCCUGGGAGACCCUGUGCUCCACCCUCAGUAUAGCCAAUAAGGGGGACCACUGGUCCGGUGUUGAUACGGCAUGGGCCAAAGGCGUAACGUUGCGUGAUGGAGACUUGCACAAAAUUUGCACUGACCUUCAGAAAGGACUUGAUUCUACAACAAUCGAGGUGACACCUGAAGAGGGAGCCUUAUGCAGGAUCACUAGUAAAACUGAGAACUAACUCUGAAGCUCGGUGCUCAAGAAAAGGACUCACAGGACUUACUUUCAAGACUCGUUUAAGAGUGGACAUACAUUCCAUUUAAAGUGUGAAUCAGACACUCAGAUCAAUGCAUGGGCAUUGGAAGUAACCGAAUGAUGCCUUGAGAAAAGAAUCUUGAUGUCUCCUCUGAGAUUCUGUAUGCAUGCUCGGUUGCCUGCCUAUUGAUGAACAGAUCUUCUCUACAGAAUCUCUUUGGUGCCUAAAUACUGGUCCAUGAUGCUCUACACUCGCACCAAAACUUGGACUUGGAAUGUUUGUGUGGAGGCUAGUAAACGGCUCAUCUCAGUGCAAACAUUAUCAUGGCCUCUGUAACGUCUGUGUCUUAUUUCAGUAUCAAGAUGAAAAUUGUGAAGAGAAAUGCUGCUGAUGGGACAAAGCUGAUUGGAGGAUGAACAUGUAACCUGUUCAAAGCACUGAGGAAGAAACUGAAGAUAUUUAAGUGUAUUUUAAAUUAUGUACUAUUUUUAGGCAAUAAACAUGGGUCUAUUUUUACAGUUUAACCUAUGGUGUGUGGCAAAAUUCCCUCUAAAUGUAAAUUUAUUUUCAGGUAUCUCUUCAUGCCCACAAACCCAUUUACAGUACCAAUAUUAGCAACCAAUACAGUAAUAGCUUUCUAUUUUUAUAGCAAACAACUAUUUAUUAAAACAAAACCACCAAACAUUCAUAAAAUAUAAUUGUUUAAAUGUUUUUCCAUUGCUUACAUUUUCUAACUAUAGUAAAACAUAUUCAAUGUAUGUAUGUCUUUUUUCUUUUUGAAGA